UCCUAAACACCAUUCUUCACUGAGGAAGAACCGUCAACGUUAUUGCCACGAUCAUGCUUGUGAGCCAUUGAUUCUAACUCACGGUCGCCGGAGGAGAGAGACUUUCCGCCGAUACCUUUUUCUGCUCAAUUCAAUUCAACAAUUCAACUUUUCCAGUUUGAUAAUCAGGGAGAAGAGCUAUGGAGAUAGAGCAGGAAAUGGAGUGGAAGAAAGCGCAGAAUAUUGUGAUAAAUGUAGACCUUGUUGCCGCGGCGAAAAGACAGCUGGAGUUUCUCGCGGCUGUUGAUAGGAACCGUUGGCUUUAUGAAGGUCCUGCUCUGGAUAUGGCCAUCCAUAGGUAUAAUGCGUAUUGGCUUCCAUUGCUGGCCAAGCAUUCGGUGUCCCCAUUCUUUGAAGGACCUUUGGUUGUCCCUCUUGAUUGUGAAUGGAUUUGGCAUUGCCACAGGCUGAAUCCAGUUAGAUACAAAUCUGACUGCGAGGAACUCUAUGGAAGUGUUCUUGACAACCAUAAUGUUGUAUCCACUGUUGGAGGGGCAUCAAAAACUAAAACUGAAGAGAUAUGGAAGAAUCUGUACCUAGAUGUGCCCUUUGAACUCAAUUCAGCCAAAGCUCUUUCAGACACUUUUUCUGAAGAAAUAUCUGGAUUGGAAAACUGCACCAAAUAUGAUCUGCUAGCUGCUGUUAAGAGGCAAAGCCCAUUUUUUUACCAGGUGGCAAGGCCGCAUAUGAGCAAUGAGUUCUACCUAGAAGGAGCAGUGGCUAGAUACAAAGGGUUUUUGCAUCUAAUCAGGAGAAACAGGGAGAGAUCAAUAAAGAGCUUCUCAGUUCCUACUUAUGAGAUUGACCUUAUGUGGCACACCCACCAAUUGCAUCCAGCUUCUUAUUGCAAAGACCUUGUGGAAAUAAUGGGGAAGGUAUUAGAGCAUGAUGACACAGAUUCAGACAGAACAAAAGGGAAGAAGUUGGAUGUUGGAUUUUCUGGAACUACCGAGCAGUGGGAAGAGAUGUAUGGUGUAAGAUAUUGGAGAGCAGGGGCAAUGCACAAAGGCAAUGCCCCUUUACCUCUAAGGACUACUCCAUAUCCAUCUCUUGAUUUGAAGGACUAUCCAUCAAAAGAGAAUCAGAAAAUAAUGCAUCUCUCUGAAUUGAAAGCUGUUGAGGUAAUGCUGGAGUUUGUGGAUGUGAAAAACCUUAGCGAGGGACAUAAGGGAGGCCUUUCUGUCUCAUUUAGUAAGACUCAGCCUGACACAAUCUUCAACGCCAAGAGAAGUCUCACUAUUUUGUCACAGUCUGGGGAGAAACAGGUUGCUUGUUUUCAAUGUCAACCUACUGGGAAUCUGUUCUUUGAACUUAUGUGCCACUCAGCUUCCAACUUACCGAUAUCGAAGCCAGCCAAGACUCUGGGUUCCUGUUCCAUAUCUCUGGAAGAUUCAUUGUCCCCAUUAUCUAAUCUUACCAUGGAAAAAUGGUUGGAGUUGUUACCUAGUUCUAAUUAUUUGAGCUCGAAGCCUAUCUACUUACGAGUUGCCCUUUCAACUACUGUACCAACCAAUGCACCUCACAUUUUUCACUUGAUUCGUUCACUACCAUUCUCGAAAAAUUCUUGCUUCUUCCCAUUGCCAGGAAGGGUACAUCUAGCUAAGAGCUGGACUCGCAUCAUUGAUGACAAUGGCAAAGAAGUCAUCAGCCUUCAAAUGAGGGAUUUCAAGAAGUCAAAGGAAAAGAAUGAUUCCAUGUUGAAAAAAGAGGUGAUUGGCAUCAUAAAAUCUGGUGGCACAAACAGGGUUGCAGAGUUUACUGGGACAGAGUGGUUGCUGAUAGAUUCCAACUGGUCUGUCAAGCUUCCAGGGACUGUCAAUGAAGAUGGAUAUCUUCUGGAGCUGAUUGGUGAUCGUAGAGUAAAACUAUUUCCUGGUAGAAAGCUGGAAUAUGAGCCAAAGCACUGUGAGAAGCAAAGGAAUGAUCGUGACUUUCUGACAGCAGUUGAAUUUUCUGUGGAAGACCCCUAUGGCAAGGCAUUGGCAUUGUUUGAUUUCAAAUCUGGAACUGUCAAGAUUAAUGAAGAGUGGUUGCUGUUUCCUGGUCUGGUACUGGCUUUCAUACUUGGUGAGAUACUGAGAAAAGAGGGAUAUAUCAGCAUUAAUUCCAGCGGCAAGAAUUUGGAGGAAAACAAAUUUUUAGAUAAAGAAGUUAGCAAAUGUCCGUUGGAUGUCAGCAAAACUAUUCCAACUACAGUACAAGAAGAUGGGAAGUUAGAUGUUGAGGUCUCGCAAGGAAAUGCAAUUACAAUGGGGAAAGGAGGAGCAUCCGGUGGUGGCUGUAGUGGAGGGCGUGGCAGUGAAGUGAGGAGUGGGGCUUGUGGUGGUUGUGGUGCUAAUUGUGGGAAUGUGCUAAAGAGUGGCGGUUGUGGGGGAUGUGGUGGAGGAUGUGGUGCUAAUUGUGGGAAUGUGCUAAAGAGUGGCGGUUGUGGUGGAGGAUGUGGUGGGGGAUGUGGUGGAGGUUGUGGGGGUGGUUGUGGUAAUAUGAUUAAGAGCGGAGGCUGUGGUGGGGGGUGCGGUGGCGGUUGUGGCAAUAAGAUCAGUGGUGCGCCCUACGUGAAUGCUAGUGGUUGUGGAGGAGGCUGUGGUGGUAAUUGUGGGAAUAAGAUUGCGGGUGCAGCCGGUGUCCAGGCUGGUGCUUGUGGUGGUUGCGGUAGUCGUUCGGGCAACGAGUUAGUAGAUACACACAUAUAACGCUGGUAAUGACUGCAUUGUCAAUCAUGAAGAAGUCCUAGUUGUUUGAAAUUUGGGCAUCAUCAACACCAGCAAGAUGAUUGGCAGGUUGUGCUUGAGAAAUUCUAGUCUAGCUCAAAUAAUUUACUGGAUAUCUUGAGACUGCUUGUUCUCGAGAACAGUGCUAUACUAAAAUGCUGAGUUAUUCUGUGAUCCUGCAUGUGAAGUCUAAUGAAGGACUGGAUUUGUACGAAUGCAAUCAACUGUGAGAACGAACUAGCUAUCCAAUACCGAUAAGAAGUACCAUCUUCCUAUUGUGUAUGCAUGUAUUGUGUAUGUAAUACUCCUGUGAUUUCUCUUCUCGUUGUUUUCUUAUCCAUGACCAUGAGCGUCCAUAUCA